AUGCUUAUCCAAGAAUUUAUUACAACUCCAAGUUUUGAAGUCAAAACAAUCUUGGUUGAUGAAGUUAAUCUUGUGGCUGCUGGACAAAUGUUAAUGGAGAAGAGAACCAAACUAUUUUGGUCCCCAUGUGCAGCCCAUUGCCUUGAUCUAAUCCUUGAGGACAUUGGAGAGCUUCCGGUAUUCUAUAAUACCAUUGCUAAUGCAAAGAAGAUUACUACCUACAUAUAUAGACAUACAUGGGUCCUUAAUUUGUAUAAACAAUAUUCCAAUGGAGGGGAAUUAGCAAGACCAGCUGUGACAAGAUUUGCAACUUCUUAUCUUACACUAAAUUGCAUUAAACAACAAAAGAAUGCUCUUAGAUCAAUGUUUGCAUCGGAGGAAUGGGCUACUAGUCCACAUGCUAGUAAAAGUGAGGCUAAGCAAGUCAUGAACCUAGUGUUGAGUGAUGAUAGAUUUUGGAGAUCAAUUACAUAUUGUCUAAAGUGCGUGAUUCCACUUGUGAAAGUGUUAAGGCUUGUAGAUGGUGAUUCAAAGCCAGCCUCACCAUACAUUUAUGAAGCAAUGGAUAGGGCUAAAGAGAAAAUUGCUCAAAACUUUCAAAUGCAAGAGUCAAGGUAUAAAAAAGUGUGGAAGAUUAUUGACACUAGGUGGAAUCUGCAGCUUCAUAGGCCUCUUCAUGCAGCUGCCUAUUAUCUCAAUCCUAGGUAUCAUUAUGACAAGAACUUCAAUCCGGAUAGUGAAGUGUUAAUUGGUUUAUAUGAAACCUUUCAAAGAAUGGUUUCGGAUAUAAGGACAAGAGUUAUAAUAGAUCAACAACUUGAAAAGUUUAAGGGUAAAAAAUAA